AUGGCCGCCGCCGCCCGCAUGCUCAGACAUGCGCUGCCUGUGUCCCAGGGCCAGGCUCUGCCAGCCCCAGGGACAGAGGCACCCUGCGCGGGCUCGCGCAGACUCGCGCAACGAUACGAGUGCAAGGGCACUUCCUUUUCGGGCAUGGUGGAACUCCUUCCUCAGCGCCUGCUGACUCGGGAGGAGUUCAAGACGAACUUGCUGGCAGCACCAGGCGUGCUGAAGGUCGUGGACAAGAGCUCCAAGACCUCGCAGGGCAACCGAGGCGACCACGUCUUCGAGCAGAACCUGGAAGUCCACCUGCACCGCGAGCCCCAUGUAGCUCUGGAGUUCGAGAUCACGCGGAACAACCACAUGAAGCACAUGGAGGGGCGCCCUUACACUGAGACAGCGAUGUUCAAGGACCCCCCCAAACGGCAUCACGCGGCGGCGUGGCGCGUGCUCUUGCAUGCCGUCAAGGGCCGGGAGCUCCUUCCACAGCAUGCCCGCGACUACUGCGAGAGCUGCCUGACGGGACACGGUACCUGGGAAGACGACGUGCUCCCAGAGGGCCUGGAGGGGAUCCCGCUUGAGCCAGGCCCUGCCAGUCCUGCGGGGUCUUCCAGCUCUCCGACGCAGGCGCCAGGACUUCCAACAGCGCCAGGCCUUGCCAGCUCUCCGACGCAGGCACCGAGUCGCAAGCCAACGUUCCCGUAUCCUUUCCAGAACGCUCCCGCGAUGCCCGGGGGCCAGGCGACCGCCUCUGCGGCGCGGGUGGAACCCUGCCCCACCGAGUCGGCCUCAAUGAGUCAGGGUGGCCGCGGGGUCCCGCUUGAGCCAGGCUUUGCCAGUUCUGCGGGGGUGGAAGCUUCAAUGAAUCAGGGCGGCGCGACCGGGCCUCCUGCCAAGAAGAGUAAAGCGGCGCCCGGGGGUGCCGCGAUCGCCCCUGCGGCGCAGGUGAGCGGAGGGGCGCGUCAGGCCUCCUGCCCGGAGGGCCUCAACUACUGCGAGGCUGGGGUCACGGAGCUGAGAGCGUUCGAGCGGGACGGGAACGUUGCAUCGUUGGUCAAGGCCCAGGACCUUCUGCUCAAGGGGAUCGAGCGCAUCUCGGACGUCUUGCCUGAGGGGCGCGAUUUGGACGGCCCCGAGUACGAGACGCCAGAUGCGGAGUUCAACCGCUUCGUGGAGAUCGCGGAGGAUGCGCGCGUGCGGAUGCGGACCAAGUUGGAGGCGGCGAGGAGGCCAGCGGGCGGGGAGCAAGCGGUGGCAGGCGAAGCCCAGGGGUCGGGGCCAGGCUUUGCCAGCCCGGCGACCCAGGGGCAGAAGAACGAGGACAAGGCGGAUGCGGAGAAGACGCCGCCAGGGUUCGACCCAGAAGCCGAUUGGACAGAGGAAUCGGCGGAUGUGCACCAGUUCGACAUCACGGCUGACCUGCGCGAGGAGCUGGCCGAGAAGCCCGAUGGGGACCCGGCCGCCGCCCGUGAGUCCAGGGAGGUCCGCGCUGCACUCGGCGCCGAAGUUCUUCCCAUCCCGGAUUUUUUGAAGCUUGUGCAGGGUCAGCCGAUGGCCAGCAACGCCGCCCUGGACGAUGUUCGUGCUAUGAAGAGUCGCGGCGUGGAGCACGCGCGGCACCGAGUCAUCGAUGAGCCCGACGAUCCCGAGGCGCAGGACAACAUCGACAGGAUGCGCCGCGAGGCCUGGGAAAAGCACGAGGAGCGUCGGAGGACACGUGCCCGUGGCCUGGACGCGCGGGACAUGUUCUUGGGCCGCGAACUGGUGCACGUCAAGCUGGUCAGUGCCGGCGCGGCGCCCGUGACUCCGAACGAGUUUUUGAUUGCGGCGUCUAGGCGCUUGCGCAUGCUCGCGCUGCGGGAGCAUUACCAGACGUUGUUCAAAGAGCUCCUGGAUAAGGCAGCGCAGAAGUUUUCGCCGAACCAGCUGGGGGACGACGACGGACCAUCGAAAGCGCUGGUGGGUUUGGUCAAUCACCACUCUGGCGAGGUGGUGGAGCUGGACGGGUGCAGAACGCAGCGGCGCCUUCGCAAGGUCGCACCAGGCAUUGCCAGUGCCGCGCAAUUCGAGAAUCCACAAUUCUGGCGCGCGCAAGGUGGUUACACCGUGGGACGACGCCCGGAGGUGCGGUGCGAGUACGGCCAGUGCGGGUCCAAGCUCUUCGCCAAAACCGUCGACGCACAGGCCCAGCGCGAAGCCGCCGCCGUGAACGAGGGCGAGGACAUCAACCCACAGGUCCACAUGCCCGCCUGGGCCCGCCAGUGGAGCAGGGUAUGCGUUCCGUGCGAGGCGGUCGAGACGCACGAGUGGUGUCGGCAGAGCCCCGUCACGACGCUGGGGGAGCUCUUCUGGGACUUGGGCCGGACGCACACGGCCAAGGCCAUCUACGCCUUCUACAGGGCGCUCCGGCUGGUCGCGUUGAAGAGGGACAAGAACAGUUCCACCAAGGCGCCACGCGCCCGCGCAAAUUACUCGUGCCCGGCGACCAACCGCGAGGUGCUCGUGGAGGACUACAUAGAGGCGGUGGGCUUGUCCACAGCGCACGUCAGCUCCAAGACCAAGCAAGAGUUGCUGGACGAGGCUGCGAAGUGCGCGACGUUGGCGUUGCUUUGGGACAUGCGCCCGCCGUGGCUGGAUCACGCGUUCCCCCGGGCCUUGCCAGGGGAUGGCUUGUUGUCCAAGUUCACCAGACCGUCUUUCCUCUACUGGGACGCCAGCUUCCUCGACGUGCUUUUCGGCACCGCUCUGGGAAGCGAUCUCAACGACCAAGCGGUCAGCGUCGACUACCAACUGGCGGGUGUCAUCGCGCGCCCCCUGUAUAAGUGCACGCAGAUCGUCGACGCCAGCGCCGGAGAGUGUGCUGAGAGGAAACAGGGCGCCGAUGAGACGCCGGGUUUUCCCAGUGUUGCCCUUCGCGCCCUGUGCCUGUACCCCGCGGUGUUCGGGCCGGAUGGCGAGCCCACGCCGCUUCGCGCGAUGACGCCCCAUCGCGCGUUCGCGCACGCGCCUCCGGAGAAUUGGGGGUGGGGCGUCGAGCGAGUCCAGCGCCACGUGGUGACCCAGGCGAACCCCGCGAUAUCCACGGCCACGCUGACAUGGUACACUUACAACGCGGAGGAGAGCGAGGCCAUUUUGAUCGCAUCCAGUGCGUACAAG